AUGUACUUGCAUUCUGGUUAUGUCGAUGAUUUGAUUUUGUGUUCUAAAGAGGAGAAGGACUACGAUGAAAUAGUACAUCUGAGUCAAGAGGUUGAAGUGAAAGAGUUAGGAGUUAUCACCUACUACCUGGGAGUCCAAGUGGAAAGAGAAGAUGGUAUCUAUCUUCACAGCCCAAAACAGAAAGUUCUAGAGUUUCUGGAAUAUAUGCAAAUGAAAAAUUGUAAGCCAGCAGAUACUCCUAUGGAAGUAAAUUACCUAAAGCAACAAGGAAAUGGUGAACUCCUGCCCAACAAUAAACAAUACAGGGAAGCAUUUGGAAAAUUGCUGUACAUAAGUACACUAACAUCUCCAGAUAUAGCAGCAGCAGUUGGCAUGUUGUGCAGGAAGUCUGAAUCACCAAACAAAAGAGAUUGGAAUGCAGUCAAGAGACUGGCCAAAUACCUGAAUGGGACUAUGCAUCUGAAACUGAAGUUGCCAACAAGUCAUAAUCCCAGAUUGGUGGGAUAUAUAGAUGCAGAUUGGGCAGGAGAGAAAGUCUACCAGUGGACAUUUAUUCUUUUAUGGCAACAGAGCAGUGAGCUGGAGUAG